AAAAUUGUGCAUUGCAGCAACGCUUUGCGCAUUUGAUCAUUCGUCAAACAACGUUCAUCUGUUCAUCUUGUGUCAUUUGCCCUUUGUUUCUGUGUAUUGUGAAAUUCCCAUCCAGACUUUCCAGACAUCAUGGUUAACAACAUGAAGUCGAAGAAACUUUUUGUGGUCAAACGUGAUGGCCGCAAAGAGGAAGUACAUUUCGAUAAGAUUACUUCACGCAUCCAGAAACUUUGCUAUGGCCUCAACAUGGACUUCGUCGAUCCAGUGGCCAUAACCUUAAGGGUAAUCAAUGGUUUGUAUUGCGGCGUCACAACUCAACAAUUGGACAAUUUGGCCGCAGAAACAGCUGCCACACUCACAACAAAUCAUGCCGAUUAUGCUUUGUUGGCGGCUCGCAUUGCUGUGUCCAACUUGCACAAAGAAACUAAAAAGGUUUUCUCGGAAGUCAUCAGUGACCUGCAUCAUUUCGUCAGUGACGAGACUGGACAAAGGGCAUCAAUGAUUUCCGAUUUUCAUUAUAAUGUGGUCAUGAAAAAUUCGGAGCGCCUCAACUCGGCCAUUGUAUACGACCGUGAUUUUGGCUACAACUACUUUGGAUUUAAGACUCUAGAACGCUCAUAUCUAUUGAAAAUGAAUGGUAAGAUUGCCGAACGGCCGCAACAUAUGCUGAUGCGUGUGGCCGUAGGUAUUCAUGGAGAGGACAUAGAUUCGGCCAUUGAAACUUAUAACUGGUUGUCCGAGCGUUACUUUACCCAUGCAUCGCCCACAUUGUUUGCUGCAGCCACAAAUCGUCCACAAUUGUCUUCUUGUUUCCUCUUGACCAUGGUUGCCGAUUCUAUUGAGGGCAUUUUUAAGUCUGUGGAGCAGUGUGCUAUGAUUUCCAAAUCAGCUGGAGGUAUUGGAAUCAAUGUCCAUUGCAUUCGCGCUAAGGGAACUUCUAUAGCCGGCACUAAUGGAACCUCCAAUGGUUUGGUGCCCAUGUUAAGAGUAUUCAAUAAUGUUGCACGCUACGUUGAUCAGGGUGGUGGCAAACGUCCUGGUGCAUUUGCCAUCUACUUGGAACCUUGGCAUUCGGAUAUCUUUGAGUUUUUGGAUUUAAAAAAGAAUACCGGCAAAGAAGAGCAUCGUGCCAGAGAUCUUUUCUAUGCUCUUUGGAUACCAGAUUUGUUUAUGCGACGUGUGGAAGAAAACGGCGAUUGGUCCCUAAUGUGUCCUCACAAAUGUCCAGGACUCCAUGAGGUCUGGGGUGAAGAAUUUGACAAGCUUUACGAAAAAUACGAAAAGGCCGGCAAAGCUAACAGAACCAUUAAGGCGCAGGCGCUUUGGUUUGCCAUUAUAGAAUCCCAAGUAGAAACUGGAACUCCCUACAUGCUAUUUAAGGACUCUUGUAAUCGCAAAAGUAAUCAACAAAAUGUUGGCACCAUUAAAUGCAGCAAUUUGUGCACAGAAAUCGUUGAAUAUUCAGCACCGGAUGAAAUCGCUGUCUGCAACUUGGCCUCCAUUUGCCUGAACAUGUUUGUGACGCCCGAAAAAACUUUUGACUUUAAGAAAUUGAAGACAGUAUCUAAAGUCGUGGCGCGCAAUCUCAACAAAAUCAUAGAUGUCAACUACUAUCCACUGCAGGAGGCCAGAAAAUCUAAUCUCAGACAUCGUCCCAUUGGCAUUGGUGUCCAGGGUUUUGCCGAUACUCUAAUUCUCAUGCGUUAUCCCUACGAAAGCGAGGAGGCCUUCAAAUUGAAUCAACAAAUAUUUGAAACAAUUUACUAUGGUGCUUUGGAAGCAAGUUGUGAAUUGGCUGAACAAGAUGGUCCCUAUGAAACGUAUCCAGGAAGCCCAGUGAGCAAAGGUAUACUUCAAUAUGACAUGUGGAACAAGGUGCCCACCGAUCUCUGGGAUUGGGCUGCCCUAAAGGAAAGAAUUGCCAAACAUGGUGUACGCAAUUCGCUGCUCCUGGCCCCCAUGCCCACGGCUUCGACUGCCCAAAUUAUGGGCAACAAUGAAGCUUUCGAACCGUACACUUCAAACAUUUAUACACGCCGUGUACUAUCGGGUGAAUUCAACAUUGUCAAUCAUCAUUUGCUUAAAGAUUUGACCGAACUCGACCUAUGGGAUGAGGAAAUGAAAAAUAAAAUUAUUUCUAGCCGUGGCUCCAUACAAAACAUCGAGGAAAUUCCCAAAGAAAUACGAGAGCUCUACAAAACGGUAUGGGAAAUUUCUGUCAAGACCACCAUUAAAAUGGCUGCUGAUCGUGGAGCUUUCAUUGACCAAAGUCAAUCCUUCAAUAUACAUGUGGCCGAGCCCAACUACGGCAAAUUGACUUCAAUACAUUUCUAUUCCUGGAAAGCUGGCCUUAAGACGGGCAUGUAUUAUUUGAGAACUAAACCAGCUGCCAAUGCUAUACAAUUCACUGUUGAUCGUAGCAAAAUGGCAGCCCAAGUGGCGGCUACCACGAAUGGUGUGAAGGAAAAUGGUAUAGCAUCACCCAAGCAUCAGGAGCAGGACAUGGCUGCAGCUGAACGUGAAAAGAGAAUGGCCGAGAUGGUAUGCUCGUUGGAAAAUAAAGAUGCUUGCAUGUCCUGUGGUUCAUAAAAAUCUACAUAUUUGCUACCAUUGAAUUAUUCUAAUUACAUUUCUUAAUCAGUUACCACAUAUUAUUUAUAUUUGUAUUAUUUUUCCUUUAUAUUGUAUUUGUAUGUGUUGAACAAAAACAAACAAAAACAAAAUUGAAUUAAAAUUGUAUUUUAAAUACAGGAUUUUGGUAAUCUCGAAAUAAAUCCAAUAUUAGUUUUUGAAAA